UAUGUCCAAGAAAGACGUUGACCAAAACCAAUCAGUAUUUCCCCCCAUUUAUAGUUAUAGAAGAAAGUGCUUUUGAUUUCUUACGUUCUUGAAGAUCAAAGUUGACAUCAGAUCUGACUGCUGAGCAGCUGAAAAGUGCUUUUUGGAAGAUCAUGGCAGCUAUUGCUGGGAUGGUAUUAGAUUUUGGAUUUAAGAUGCUCAAAAGUAGAAGUGACUUCAAUGAGAAUUUGGAAACUCUGGAAAGAAAUGUAAAGCUAUUAUCAGAUAGAGCAUUUGAUGUGAAGACAGAUGUUGAGAAUCGAGAGCGAUCUGGGAAGAAGAAGAGGAAAAGAGAGGUUGGUUCGUGGUUUGACGAGGUUACGAAGGUCGAAGAAGGAUUACAUGCGUUAAAAGAAGUAGCAAGAGGGAAGAAAAAUGUUGGUGCUUUGGAGAAGAGGAAUGGAAGGGUUGGAGAACUUCUUGAGCAAAGUAAACAUUUUGGAACGCUCGUACAUGAUGUGUAUGAGAGCGAGGAGUGUCUUUUACUGGCGCCUCAAGUUCAAGAGGAAAAAUCAAAACAAAAUUUAGAAGUGAUUUGGACGUGGUUACAUGUUGAAAAUGUCUCAAGCAUCGGUAUAUAUGGCAUGGGAGGUGUGGGCAAAACGACUUUGGCAAAGCAUAUACAUAAUCGUCUUGUUAAUGAGGUUCGUUAUCAUGUCCGUUGGGUUACUGUUUCUCAGGGGUUUAGCAUCAAAGGAUUACAAGAUGAUCUUGCCAAAAUUGUAAAUCUGGACCUUUCAGAUGAAGUUGAUGAGCUUAGAAGGGCAGCCAAAUUAAACCGGGCAUUUGAAGAAAGGAAGAACAUUGUUAUCAUAUUGGAUGAUGUCUGGGAUCGCCUUAGCUUAGACAAGUUGGGUGACCCUCUUCGUGUGGAAGGCUGUAGACUGAUUCUAACUACUCGCUCGCGUGAAGUCUGCCAAAAGAUGGGUUGUCAGAAGCUACUCGAAGUGAAGAAACUCAAUACUAAUGAUGCUUGGGAGUUGUUCAGGAAGAAUCUAGGAGAUGAGACUGUGCUCAGUCCAGAUAUCGAGCCAGUUGCCCAAUCCAUGGCAAGAAGGUGCAAGGGCUUACCACUUGGGCUCAUCACGUUGGCAGGAAGCAUGAGAGGGGUGACUGAUAUAAGGGAGUGGAGAAAUGCUUUGAAAGAAUUUCCCGAUGACAUGGAAAGUGAUGUCUUCAAGGUACUGCAGUAUAGCUAUGAUCGGUUGAGAGAUACAAAUAUGCAAGAGUGCUUCUUGUACUGUGCUUUGUAUCCUGAGGAUUUUGUAAUUGAUAGAGAUGAACUAAUUGGUAGAUUUAUCAUGGAGGGACUGGUGAAGGGAGAUAGUAGGCAAGAAGAGUUUGACCAGGGGCAUACCAUAUUGAAUAAACUAGUGAAGGUCUGCUUGCUUGAAGCUGCUAUUUCUUUUAUAGACGAAGGUGUAAGGAUGCAUGUUGUAAAGAUGCAUGAUUUACUCAGGGAAAUGGCAUUGCGGAUCACAAAUGUUAAACCAAGGUACAUGGUAAGGGCUGGAAUAGGAUCGCAAGUGCCGGAGGAGCAAGAUUGGACAUUUGAUUUGGAUAAAGUCUCUUUUAUCAAAAGCGAGAUAAAGGGAAUCCCUGAAGACAUGGCACCCAAUUGCCCCACAUUAUCAACCUUGCUUUUGUAUAAUUGUAGUUUGAGAAGGAUCCCAGAAUCUUUCUUUCAGCAUAUGAACAACCUCCAAGUUCUCGACUUGACCUACAACUCAGAGCUUAUGUAUUUGCCGAGUUGCAUAUCUAACUUGGGAAGUCUUAGAGCACUCUUGCUUGGCGGAUGUAAAGAGCUCAGAUCUAUACCACCACUGGGAAAGCUAAAAAAUUUGAGAGUGUUAGAUCUAUCUGGCACUUGGCUUGAGGAAGUACCUCAAGGCGUGGGAAACUUGGUCAAGCUUAGAUUUCUAAAUAUGGGUGGAAUAUUUUUAUAUAUUGAUGAACUGUUAAAGGAGAUAUUACCUAAACUCUCUCAGCUUCAAUACCUCAAUCUUCCUCUAUGUGUGAAUGCACGAGUUGAAGACUUAGCCAGCUUGGAGCUGCUCGAACUAUUUGGAGGCCGGUUCUGCGAUUUGCAUAACUUCAACAAGUUCAUGAGAAGUCGUCGUAACUAUGAGAAAGAUUGGUGGUAUGACAUACUCGUAGGGCCAAAUUUGUCCUUUCACUAUAGCUUUGGCUAUGAAAAUCAUAAAAUCAAAAAAAGAAGAUUGGUCGUAAAAGAUUGCACCAUUGAAGCAGGUAGAGGAGAAGUACCAACAUCAAUUAUUCUUCCAUAUUGCAUUCAAGUUCUACGCAUUGAAAAAUGCCAUGGCCUGAAUAGCUGCUUGGUGGACACUUUUCUGUCACAGUCUACUAUAAGAGGCUUGACCUGCGAAAUCAAGCAUUGUGAUGACAUAGAAUGGAUUAUCAAUGUGCCCUCUGGUAGAAAUACCACUACAGAUCCACACUGCAUAUGUUUCCAUAGUCUGAGGGUUGAAUCUUUGCCAAAUCUUGUUGGGGUUUGUAAGGGAAAUAUUGCAUCUCACACCUUCUCGGGUCUAACAGAAUUGAUUAUCAAAGAGUGCCAUAAGAUGAAGAAGUUGUUUCCACGGGCUAUCUUGCAGGAUCUCAAAAACCUUCAGAAGCUUGAGGUAUGGUAUUGUGAAGAGAUGGAAGAGAUAAUAGCAGAGGAAGCAACAGACCAAGAUGGAAGUAGCCAAUUAGGUACAAGUAGUGACAUUCUCAUCCUUCCAAAGCUAAAACUGCUCGACCUGUUCGGCGUGCCUAAAUUGAAGAGUAUCUGUGAGGGAAAACUCAUCUGUGAUUCCGUUAAAUAUAUGACUUUUCAUAAGUGCCCCAAGCUGAAGAGGCUGCCUUUCUAUGCUCCUACUACAAAUGCGCAUCCUUUUCCGGCCCUUAGAAAAAUCUAUGCUGAAGAAAAUUGGUGGGAAACAUUGGAGUGGGAACAAUCCCAUCUCAAGACCCUCUUCCAAACCUUACGUUAACUGUGGGUACCGCCGGUGAGGAUAACAAUCCAUUUUGAGUUUUGUUCUGUGUUUAAGCAAUUGUAUUGUAUUAUAUUAUUGUAGUAUAGAAUUUUAAGUUUUGAUACCUCUGUUUCUUUUCUUUUAACUCUUUUUUUUUUUUUUUUUCUCCUUAUUUUCAGAACCCCGUGUUUACUUCAUGGAAUGUUCCUUUGUUGAGCUUCAAAUUUAUCUUGAUCCAUCUUGUUUCUCACUUACUCGUUUAUACGGUAAUUAUUUUAUUGCAGAUUAUGUGAUAUAGUUAAUAAUUGUGAAUUAUGAAAUAUUUUACUCAUUUACUAUAUUUAUGUAACUUCUCCUAUUUUCUUACUAUAUAAUAUUACGAAACAACCCUUUAUUGUUAAUGAUUCAACUUUAUUUCUUUCUUCUUGUUUAUGCGCAACUUCUAUCAUAUAUGAUUUAAUGAUAGUUGUUCAUUCAUUACCUCAUCACAAGACAAAAAGGGAAAUAUUUCGCAUACUCCCAAAUUGUAAGCAUUUGAUAUUGCGCUAACUUUUAUGUUUUGUUCUUUUCCCUAUGCGAAGUGACAGAAAAUAACCCAUUAGAAUUAAUUAAAUUACGCUAAUAACUUAAAAAAAUGUAAUAUUUUGGUGUACCUAAUUUUGCUCCCUCUUUAGUUAUUAAGUAUUAUGUUCAAGACUUAAAUGGAAAAAAUUACUGGAAGAGUUUCAUAAUGUAAUAUGAUCCGUAUUUAUUUAUUCGACUUGAAUUUCCGUAUAUAAUUUAUACUGUCAAAUCACUUGGAUAAAUACAAACAAAUUUCUUAAUGAACCUUAAUUGUUAAUCAAAUAAAUAUGAUACUCCAUUCGCUUAUUUGUUUGUCUUAAUUUGACUCAGCAGUUUAAGAAAAUAAAAAAAACUUUUAAAUCUUGUGAUCUCACAUAUAUCGUGUAGCAUAUUGGUGUAAAAGAUCACUAAAAGUAAAAAAUGACAUUCCUUUUUUUUUUUUUUUUUAAAUAGACUACAAAGGAAAGUAACACAAAUGAAUUCAAACGAAGAGAAUAAUAGAUCUUGAGAAGAUAAUAAAGUCGGUCCCUUAUGUUUGAGGGUAGUUCAAAAUAGCCCCUUAAUUAUGCACUAAACAAUCCUUAAAGUUGAAAAAAAUUAAUACUUUUUGUCUCAGUUAAAUAUUUACCGAACUCUAUUUAUUAGAUUUGACGAGAACUAAGAAAAAAAUUAGCAAGAACUCAUAUACAGAGGUUUAAUUUUUGUAGGUAGUGACGGAGCCAGGAUUUCGGCCGAGGAGGUUUAAAAAUAUAAAAAAGUAAACAUACGAAGAAGCCUAAGGGGGUUCAACAUCUACUAUAUACAUAAAAAAUAAUUUUAACCUUGUAAAAAUAAUAUUUUUUUCCGCCGAGGGGGUUCGAAUGAACACCCUCGGCUCUAUGUGGCUCCGCCACUGUUUGUAGGUUCCGAUAUUUUCAAUUUAUUUCUAGAGUCUUAUGUAAUUUUUUAAGGUGUAAUUUCUACAUCUUUUUAGUAUCUAAUGCAGUUUUUUAUGUUGCAUAAAUUGUUAAAUAUUCGACAGAAACUAAAAAGUGUUAAAAUUUUGGCAAACAUGAAGUAUCAAAACUGAUAAGUGCAUAUUUUUAGGACUAUUUGAACCUACCCCUAAACAUAUGGGACAACAUUUGUCAUUUUCAAGAUUCCCUUAAUUCUUUCAUCCAAGAAGAGCCAAAGGGCUCUAAGGGAAGUGUAUCUGCAAUCAACAAAAUGCCAAUCAAAUGGUAACCAUUUUUUAAUUUCACUAAAAACUUAACAUUAAUUAUAGAUUUUUGUGUGUAUGUUUAUAUUUAUUUUGUUUAUGGGUAGGGUUUUGCAUUGGCAGCCAAAUGCAGGGACAACAGUAAACAGUCAAAUAGUGAGUGAAGUAUCUCAAUGUGUUGAAAGUAUUAAUG